UUAAAUUUUGGGGUAUUCAGAUAUAUAAAUAGAAACGAACUGACCGACAUCGAGCCUGGCUCAUUUCAAAACUUGACGGAGCUUGGAAUAUUAUUAUCUACUCGAAGUUAUUUAUGCUGCAUGGUGCCUGCUAAAGUUACUACCUGUCAACCGUAUGAACAGAAAGGAUCUUUCUCCACGUGCCAUAACCUUUUAUCACACGUAUCUCUACAGCUAUUCAUAUGGAUUGUGGGCUGUUUCGCUUUCAUCGGCAAUAUCCUAGUUCUUGCUUUACAUAAGUUUGAAAGUAAAAGUCACGGCAAUAAUGUCCCUCGCAUUUUAAUAUCUAAUCUAGCAAUAGCAGAUUUCGUUAUGUCUAUUUAUUUACUUAUUAUUGCUAUUGCCGAUGGAUACUACACAGGAAGAUUUGCACAAUUGUCGGAGUCAUGGCUUUCAAGUGGUUAUUGCGCAUUUGCAUGCUUUCUGUGUUGUGUAUCUAGCCUAAUGUCUGUCUUUAUGAUGCUAUUAAUCAGUCUCGAUAGAUGGUUUUGUAUUGUCCAUCCAUUUUCAAGACAUAGGUUUAAUGCCAAAGCUGCAAUAGCAACUGUGUGCACAUUGUGGAUAUUCUGUUCUAUCUUCGUUGGUGUACCAGCUAUGAGCAGUAUCAACGCUUCGGCAGAGAACCGAUUAUAUGGAUACAGUAGUAUCUGUAUGGCGAGUAAUCUUACAAAUUCCACGUUUGCCAACUGGCUUGUAGCCUUUAUUGCUGUAACCAUAUGUUGCUGGAUUAUUACAGCACUAUUAUAUAUACAAAUAUUUUUGACAGUACAACAGAGUCAUAAAAAUGUUGCCAAAUCAAAUACUGCUAAUGAUAAAGCUAUGGCAAUUCGACUACUUUUAAUCUUGGUGACAGAUUUAAUCAGUUGGUUACCAUUUUAUAUAAUGACUUUAUUACAAUUAACAUAUUCAGAAGAUGUAAAUAUAAUUACACUGCAAUUUAUCAUUAUAUUCGCGUUGCCUAUCAAUUCAGCCGUGAACCCUUGUCUCUAUACACUA